AUGGCUGCAUUUGGAAUUAGAGAAGGCAGCAGGGGCCAGAUCACAAGGGUCUUGGAUGUGCGGAUGGGCAAUCUGAAACUGUACUUUGAGAGCGUGGGGAACCAUGGAAGGUCCUCGACACCAGGGGCGGGGCGUAGCCGACUGUGUGCGAGGAAAGGGGUGCUGAGGGAAGGGAGCGCUACCCCGCUAGCGGAAGGCGCAGGCCCAGCGUUUGCCGGCUGCGGAUCAUGCUGCAGGCUCGCCUCCAGGCUGUGGAGGAAACGCGCGCCGCCGUCAGCGAUCGUUUGUAGGUGCCUCUGCACGACGGGGUCGCUGUCCUUGGCAGAUCAGAGCGAGAGGGCGGAAAAGCCCCGCACUUUCGACCAGGCGCUGCUGGAGUUCCUAGUGUGUCCGCUCUCCAAGAAGCCGCUCAGAUAUGAAGCCUCAACAAACGAAUUGAUUAAUGAAGAGUUGGGAAUAGCCUAUCCAAUCAUUGAUGGAAUUCCUAAUAUGAUACCACAAGCAGCUAGGACAACACAUCAAAAUAAGAAACAAGAAGAAACGGAGCAGCACUAG